UCUCUCUCUCUUUACAUACUUCUGCUUCUGCUUCUGAUAAGCUAGCUGGUUGAAUCAGUAGGCAUCUUCAAGAAUUGAUUUAUAUAUCUUCUUCUUCUUCAUCUCUUCAUCUUCAACAACCUGAUCAGUGAUCAUCAUCGCCCAUGGCUUCCCAGGUAGUCCUCCUCGAACCCAAAACCACCCAUAAUAAUAUUAAUAAAAAUGUCGACGACAACCAAGCAAUUCAUGGGAAAACAAGGGAAGAACUGCAAACCGCCAUUGCCAACGCACUUGAGCUCAGAGCUCUCCAUGCUGCUGCUCUCCCUCUCCUCCAACAAGGAAUUACCACCACCACCGCCACCGGCAGUAGUUUCAUAAGAUACCCAGUUACUCCUCCUCCGGCAGAACAUCAUCAUCAUUCUCCUCAUCUCUCCUCCCAUGAUUACCCUGUUUUCACUCCUAGCUACGAGGAGGACGAACGUUUGUGGAGUUAUCGACACAUUCAAUCGGAACCUCGGGCUAUGUCCUUGUCGGAGUGCUGGGACAGCAAUUACACGUUAGGUGGUGGUGGUGGAACCGGUAAUUACGGCCACUCCUCCAUCAUGUCCGACUUCAAGAUGGUCAGUGCAUCCGCAAGACGAAACUCACUCCCAUCCGAAUUAUCCCAAUUACGCUUAUCUCUCGAAGAUCAUACGUCUGUUGCAAGUUCUCGAACCAACGUCAAGUCCAGAAGAAGGAACAGUUUGGUCGAUCCUCCUUCCAAGAACAACAAGAACUCCAACAUUGUUGUCCCUUUGACCGAUUCCCAUGCUUCGGGCAACUCUCAUCAUAAGAACCGGGGAUUGAGUUUGAGUCUUGGCCUGUCGAGGCUCCUCCCGAAGAUGAUGAGGAAGAAGAAAGAGGAAGUGGCGCCGACGAUGAAUGAAUCAGAGGUUUCAAUUGAGUUAAUGAAGAGAGAACUAAUGGAAGCGAACGAGAGUAGAGAUGCAGCCUUGAAUGAGCUUGCGGACAUGAGUUCUUCGUUAAUGGAGCUAAAACAGAAGCUUGAGUACUUGGAAUCUUAUUGUGAAGAUCUAAAGAAAGCAAUUCAAUCCAACACCACCAACAACAACAAUGGAGAUGAUCAUCAUCCCCAAGAGAAUUCGCCAAUGCCGGUCACUGAGGAAGUAAUGGUGGAGGGUUUCUUGCAGAUAGUGUCGGAGGCAAGACUGUCGAUCAGGCAAUUCUGCAAGAACCUCCUCGGUCAGAUCGACGAAUCCGACGGAUCACUCGUCGAGAAUUUAAACUCGCUCCUCCACCCGUACAAACUUUCGAUAACCCCAAAUCAAUCAAAGACAACCGCGGUUUUGCAUCAUCUGGAGGCAAUAAUAAACCAGGCUCUUUACCAAGACUUCGAGAACUCUGUUUUCCAGAAGAACGGGGCUGCACAGCACCUCGAUCCCGUUCAGGAUCGGUUAGCAAAUUUUUCUGCAUUCGUCUCGCUGAGGAAUCUGAGCUGGAACGAGGUUUUGAUGAAAGGGACAAAGUAUUACAGUGAAGAGCUGAGCAAGUUUUGCGACCAGAAGAUGAAUUGUAUAAUCACGACGCUGAAUUGGACGAGGUUAUGGCCGGAGCAGUUACUUCAGUCGUUCUUUGUAGCGGCAAAAUGCGUGCGGUUGCUGCAUUUGUUGGCAUUUUCGUUUAAGAAGCCGAUUGGGAUAUUUAGAGUGGAGGAGAACUCAAACUUUGACGGCAAUUACAUGGAGGAUGUUCUGUUUGCUGAUAAGAAGCAGCAACAGCAGAGGAGCAGAAGCAGAGUAAAGGUUAUGGUAAUGCCUGGAUUCUAUGUGCAAGACAAAAUUCUCAAGUCUAAGGUUAUUUGCAAGUAUAAAUCUGUACCUUAAAACCCUUCUCUUUUUUUUUUUUUUUUUUUUUUUCUUUCUGUGUGUUUAUGUGUGAAAUGAUCAAAUGGAUGGAAACUGGUAGUUUUGAUAAAAUUUCUCAAAUAUAUAUAUAUAUAAAAUAAAGAAACAAUGCAUUCAAAUUC